CUGUGGCGAAGGGGCAAAUAUCUUCUUCAGUAGAAGAUAAGGAGUACGUAAUGGUAUCAGAGUUCUGGUAGAGCCUUUUCUCAUUUUCUACUCUGCAAAAACUGAACGAAGACGAGAGCUCGCCAUUAAUGAGCAGCUUUAAGGAAUUGCUGAUAGAUAUCGUCAUUUUCUUGUUUGAAGUUUAUCGUUUUUACUGAGUUAAACCUGUUUUAAUAGUUGAAACUGAGAAGCUCUUCUCCAUGCCACAGACUCUGUUUCUAAAGCCAGUCAUUUCAGCUCCGUCGAGUCAUUGGAUUUGGAGCCGACCGAAACUACAUGUCGCUCUUCUUGAUGCAAAUGUUGGAGUUUCAAGGAAAUUUGGCGUUAUUUCUAUGGGUAUGCUGACACCGAGAAAGUUCUUGCAGAAGAGAAAAGCACCCCUUGAUGCAGACCAGAAAAAGUGGAGGGGACUCAUGAAAGAAAUUGAGGAGGCAGGUUCUGCAGUUUCAGUGCUUACAAAUAAAAGGAUCAAUGACGAGGAUCUUCCUAGGGACCUUGUUCUAGGCACCUUAGUUCGAUUCAAGCAGCUAAAGAAAUGGAAAUAUGUUAGUGAGAUUCUUGAGUGGCUUCGAACUCAGAACUGGUGGGACUUCAAUGAAAUGGAUUUCCUGAUGCUUAUUACAGCAUAUGGUAAGCAAGGGGAUUUCAACAAGGCUGAGAGGGUAUUUAGCAUUAUGAAUAGGAAGGGCUAUGAACCGAGUGUUGUAUCUUGUACUGCUCUUAUGGAAGCAUAUGGAAAAGGAGGCAGAUAUAACAAUGCUGCAGCAAUAUUUCACAGAAUGCAGUCUGUAGGUCCUGAACCAUCAACUUUAACGUAUCAAAUUAUGCUUAAAAUAUCUGUAGAGGCAAACAAGUUCAAGGAUGCUGAAGAAAUUUUCGAGACCCUUCUGAAUGGUGGGAAAUUGCAAUUGAAGCCAGACCAGAAAAUGUUCCACAUGAUGAUCUAUAUGUAUAAAAAGGCUGGGAAUUAUGACAAGGCUCGUAAAGUAUUUGCACUAAUGGCAGAAAAAGGGGUUCAACAGUCUACAGUCACUUACAACAGCCUUAUGUCAUUUGAGACCAAUUACAAGGAGGUUUCAAAGAUCUAUGACCAGAUGCAAAGAGCUGGUCUUCAACCUGAUGUUGUGAGCUAUGCGUUGCUUAUCAAUGCAUAUGGGAAAGCUAGGAGAGAAGAAGAAGCUUUAGCUGUUUUUGAAGAGAUGCUGGAUGCUGAUGUUAGGCCAACACUUAAGGCUUAUAAUAUUUUGCUCGAUGCAUUUGCAAUCUCGGGGAUGAUUGAACAGGCUAGGACUGUGUUCAGGAGCAUGAAAAGGGACAGAUGCACUCCAGAUCUCUGUUCAUAUACAACCAUGUUAUCAGCUUAUGUGAAUGCAUCUGACAUGGAAGGUGCGGAAAAGUUCUUAAAGAGAAUGAAACAAGAUGGAUUUAAACCGAACAUUGUCACUUACGGGACAUUGAUAAAAGGUUAUGCCAAAUUAAAUAAUCUUCAGAAGAUGAUGGAAAUAUAUGAUCAAAUUCGGGUUAGUGGUUUGAAGGUAAAUCAAACAGUCUUCACUACUAUCAUGGAUGCAUUUGGGAAAAAUAGGGAUUUUGCUAGUGCUGUUGUUUGGUAUAAGGAAAUGGAAUCUUCUGGGAUUCCACCUGACAAGAAGGCAAAGAAUGUUCUUUUAUCUUUAGCAAAAACUGCAGAUGAGCAAGAGGAAGCUAACCAACUUGUGGCACAUUUGGAUCAUCAUAGAAGUCAGGCCAAAAUAAAUGGAAGUUCUGGGUUUUUUGAUGAGGAAUAUUUUGAGGAUGAGGACAAUGCUGUGGAUGAUACAGAAGAUGACACUUAUAACCAUGCAAAACAAGAAGACUCAGCUGUUUUUGUUGGCAAUAUUGAACAGAACCAGGAAAUUUUUCAUGCAGAAAAAUGUGGUAACUUGUGAGGGAAAAAAAUUUUGGUUUCUGAUCUUACUUGUAUUUAUGCUCAGCAUUAGAAAUUUAUUUCAUAAAGUCAUUUAAUAGAAAUGAAACUGUCCUUUUAUCAUUA